GGGGGGGUGUGCAGGGCGUCGGGCAGGGAGCGGCUCUCGGGGAGCGUGUCGAGCCGGGACUGAAAACGGCUUCCCGUGCUCGUGUGCGGGUGUUUCUGGUGCUCUGACUCAAGGGUGGCCCGGCUUGGAAAGCCUCUGUGAACCGUUAUGUCGCUUUGGUGGAAACGUGGCUGUUAGCGGCGAUGGACUGAGUAACUGUGCUGAAAGUCACGUUGGUGAGGCCAGCGCGGGCUGCCCGGGGAGCGGCGGGGUCACCGUCACAGGAGGUGUUCCAGAAAGGUUUCGGUGAAGGAAGUCUGAAGCCAUGGCUGCAAAACCUGUACUCUACUACUUUGAUGGAAGAGGCAAAAUGGAGUCGAUCCGCUGGCUGCUGGCAGCAGCUGGGGUCGAGUUUGAAGAGGUGUUUUUGGAAACACAAGAGCAGUAUGAGAAACUCCUGCAAAGUGGAGUCCUCAUGUUCCAGCAAGUGCCCAUGGUGGAGAUCGAUGGGAUGAAGUUGGUGCAGACCAGAGCCAUCCUCAACUACAUAGCAGGGAAAUACAAUCUCUACGGGAAGGACCUGAAGGAGAGAGCCCUGAUUGACAUGUAUGUUGGGGGAACAGAUGACCUUAUGGGCUUCUUGUUGAGUUUCCCGUUCUUAACAGCUGAGGAUAAAGUGAAACAAUGUGCCUUUGUAGUUCAAAAGGCUACAAGCAGGUACUUCCCAGCAUAUGAAAAGGUACGUAGGAGAAUAGUUUCCUCCUAUGUUUCAUUUUUAUUUAUAUUUUUAACCACAGUAACAAACAGUUAUUACUACAGCUUCAAAAAUGCUUUUAAGUGA